UGACAGAUAACCUAUAUUGCUUGUUUGCUAUUUUUGUUUAUCAACCCAGAACCCAAAAAGUCUGUGAAUUGGAAUAUUUGUUAUAAGAAAAUACCAAUGGCUUCUUUGAAACCGAGAAACGCUGACGGCAAAAUCAUACUAUCCCAGUUAACUAAGGAGCUGUUUCUGAAAAAUAUUGUUCAGGCGAGGCAGGCACAAGGAGAACAUUUGGAGCACUACGAUUUCAACAAAUCUAGAUGCAAAGUUUUAUCGAAAAACGAAACUGUCAAGAGUAAUUCCAGCGGCAUUCUCUACUGGAUGAUGAGAGAUUGCAGAGUUCAGGAUAAUUGGGCGAUGAUAUUCGCACAGCGUCUAGCACUGAAACAUAGUCUACCUUUGUACGUUUGUUAUCUUUACAAGGACGUACAUAAGCUGUGCCCCACCUUGAGACAUCUCACCUUUCUCAUAGAAGGACUGAAGAUAGUUGAAAAAGAAUGCAAAGAGCUGAAUAUUGGUUUCUACAUGCUCAAUAGUUCUGCAGAAGAAUUGUCUACCUUGAUAGAAAAAAAUAACAUUGGAGGAGUGGUUAGUGAGUUUUAUCCUUUAAGGCAUCCGAUAGAACAACAAAAAAGGCUCUUGGAUAAGUUACCUAAAGAUGUUCCAGUUGUACAGAUAGACGCUCACAACAUUGUUCCACCAUGGAUCGCGUCUGACAAACAAGAAGGUAUGGCAAAGUUCCUCCGACCAAAAAUCAACAAACAACUACCAGAAUAUUUGUGUGGAUUCCCCAACAUAUCAAAGCACAAAUAUGCUGGCAGCCUGAAAAACCUCACUAAUCAUCUCAGAGAUUUAGAUGAAGCGUAUAAACAUUUCAGUCCUAAUUGGGACGUUGACGUCGUGAAGUGGGGAGACGGCCCCGGAGAAGAAGGAGGACUGAGCAUGCUCAGGACGUUCAUGACUGAAAAAUUGAAGUACUAUGGUGUUACCAGCAAUGAUCCAUCCAAGGAUAAUACCUCCAAGUUGUCACCAUGGAUAAGAUUUGGUCAUAUUUCUGCACAAAGGUGUGCACUAGAAGUAAAGAGCCUAGAGUCGUUAUACAAAGAGCAAUGUGAAAAGUUUUUGGAAGAAUUGAUCGUUCGCAGGGAGCUUACAGACAAUUACUGUUACUAUAAUGAGAACUAUGACAACAUAAAUGGGGCUGCUAACUGGGCAAAGGACACUUUGAAAUUUCAUGCGAAAGACAAACGUACCUGGGUCUACACCCGCGACCAGCUCGGAGAAAGCGCAAACUCACGAUGAGAUGUGGAAUGCAGCGCAGAUUCAAGCAAACUCCGAGGGCAAAAUCCACGGAUAUAUGAGGAUGUACUGGGCCAAGAAGAUUCUAGAAUGGACAGAGUCUCCAGAACAGGCGAUCGAAUACGCUCUGUGGCUGAAUGACACUUUUUGUCUAGACGGCACUGAUCCCAAUGGAUACGUCGGCGUAAUGUGGUCGAUAUGCGGAGUUCAUGACCAGGGGUGGCGCGAGAGAGAAAUUUUCGGAAAAAUCCGUUACAUGGUCGACUACAGUUUGAGGAAAAAGUUCGAUAUGGAAGCGUACUGCGCAAGGCAUGGAAUAAAAAUGAAGGACAAAAAGGCGGGAGCUACUUCAAAGAAAGGAAUCAAACGCAAGGCUGAGUGAAGAAACAGCUAAUUCACCCAUCGUUUUAUAUUUUAAACGACUAUAUAAGUACAAACAAUUUACCCCUGUACCUUAGUUAUCAGUAUUUUAUAUAUUUUACCAGUCUCAUAGUUACUCAUUUUACAUGAUGUAAUUUCCCAUAAUCUUUCUUUUUAUACAUG